GAUGUCGGUUGACAGAGAAUGUCAAUCACUGACGCACGUCAUUGUACUUUUGUCGAAAUUGAACUCGAGAAAACAGAUAUUUCCUGGUAUUUCUAAUAGAUUCGUAACGACGAUGCUUAGACUAUGAUACAUUCAUAACAUAAAGCAUUCUUUUAGUGUUACUUCUGUGUUAAUGGACGUUAAUUUGUGAGUUCCAAAUGAUGGCAAAUAAUCGUAUACCUUCGGGUCCCAAUACGCCUGGGAGCCAACAGACCCCUACACAGCAAGGAAUCAAGAUAUUUAUACAGAGGGACUAUUCCGAAGGCACUGCUGUGAAGUUCCAGACUCGUUUUCCACCAGAACUCGAAGAUCGGAUAGACAGACAAACAUUUGAAUAUACAAUGGAGCGGUUGAACGAGCACUUUGAAAUGGCUGAAACAGCUGACUGUAGCACCUACUGUGAGGGAUGUCUUGCCUGCCUGACCGCCUACUUCAUAUACAUAUGUACUGAGACACACUAUGAAAAGCACUUAAGAAAAGUAUCAAAAUUCAUAGCGACGCAAAAUGAAAGAGUAUACAACCCUCGCGGUAUACACAUAACAGAUCCAAUAUUAAGGGGGCUCCGAGUCAUAGAGAUCACAGUUAUAGACGUCCCCAACUGCCAGAGUCCGACUGGCAACUCGACCACGCAAAUGAGGCAUACAUGACCACCACAGGAAAACCGGGAGUUCUUCAUGUAACCAAGCAGGUUUUGGUUGUUAUAGGAAUUUGGCGCUUAUGUGAACGGGAUAAGGUAUGUUGUGAUUUAACGCGUCUUUUGUUUUUUUUUUUCAGUUCGUUUUCUUUUUAUAUUUGGUAGGUAGUGUCUGUUAAGUUGUAUGUUUACGAUUACUGAAACGCAACUGAAUCCAAGAUGUAUAUCUAUCGCAGCUUUAUACCCUAAAGUGAGAUAGAUAGCAUGAUAACUGAGUGACGUUUCAGUCUUCGACCAUUAGUGUUCCGUUACAGAUUAUACUUUAUGAACGUAAAUAAAAUUAAAUAGGAAAAUAUGUUAUCAGAUUUACCUGAUAUUUUUGUUGACUCAGUCGGUUUAAUUAUUUUUUCUUAAUAAUAAUUUGUAUAAUUCUGUGAGUGGUGUAAUUAAGCGUCAAAUUCGUAUAUCGAAAUCAAAACCAUAAACGAUUUUUCAGUAUAGACUGUCUUUUUCCAAAAAGUUUCCACUGAGUCAUAGAGUUUCAUAGAUUAACGUGUAGAUGGGACCACCGUGUGGUUUUCUAUGUGAACGUAAUUUUUAUACCUAGUUGAGUGUGACCAUCGUGAUUGUUUUGUGAAGUGAUUAAAUAAUAAUGAUUAGAUUGACCUUCAUCUAGCUUCGGUAAUGUUAUUGAGUUUAUUUUAUCUUAUCAUUCAUUCUUUCAUGACAUGACAUUCUUAGCGUGACUUUCAAUGUAUAUUAUGUGUUUACGGUUCAUUGCUUUUACUAUUAGCACUUAAAGUGGGAAGUGAUGUAAAAGGUUGAAGCGAGACGCAAAUGUUUAGUGUAUAGCGCCAUCUCGCUUCCACGAUGAGUAAAUUCCUGCUUUAAGAAAUUAUUGUAAAGUCACUUGGCCAAGGUGGAUGGUAUUGUCAGUGCUGCAGAAAUAUGUGAAUGUAUUGAGCUAGUAGAUAUAUUUUUCUAUUAUACCGAAAGCCGUCUAUACACGAGGAAAGGCAAAUCUCCAAUACCCGACGAUUUUAUUCUCAAAGACGCCAUGACACGAUGUAGCCAACAUUUUGUUGAAUAAAGUGAAGCCGUUGAAUAAAUAAAAUCGUCGGGCAUUUUACAUAAUACCUUCCCUCGUGUACGCAUAAAGUGCCUAUGUAAAUACCUGAAAAUGUAAAAAGUAAUUGUUACCUUUCCCCUAAUCGACUAAGUCAUUAACAGUCAAUAUUUGACGACCUCUUAAUCGAUGUUAACACUACAAACCAGUGACGUCACUCCAAAUGUUACA